AUGAAUCGACGCAAUGAUCGGAAGAAAUAUUAUCAACUUCAUUUUGCCAUGCUCCCGCAUUUCCUUAUUCACAAUCUCUGUGCAGUCAUCCACAAAUAUCGCUACAGUUGCGCUCACGUAAUAAACGCAAUCCGCGAAGGAGAAUUGACAGAAAGAUCGAUCCUGAAACAAACGAAUACAUCCACUUCGACUCCAGAUACAUGA